UCAGCAGCUUCUGCUCCAUCAGUCAACAUGUCGGACCGGAGGAACACGGUCCUGCACUCGGUGCUGCUGGUUCUGUUGGUGGCGUCAGCGUCGGCCUUUGUGGAGGAGCUGGACGACACCUUUAUGGAGACGAGGGCAGACGACGACACCUGGCUCAUCAAGUUCUACGCCCCCUGGUGUGUGUUCUGUAAACAGCUGGAUCCAGUUUGGCAUCAGAUCGGGUCAGAACUGAAGAGUCUCGGCUCUCCGGUCAAUGUGGGCAGAUCAGACGCCACCACCAGCAAAGGUUUGGCCAAAGAGUUCAGGGUCCGGGAUUAUCCAGCCAUCUUCAUAUGGAAGAAAAAAUUUAAAUAUAAUUAUUUAGGACAAAGAACCAAAGAUGGAAUCAUGGACUUUGCUAACCGAGUUGGAGGGCCGUUUGUUCGAUCUCUGAGCAGCCAGCAGCUCUUCCAGCACGCCAUGAGUCGCCAUGAUGUCAUGUUCGUUUAUGUUGGAGCCACAUCACAGCUGAAGGGUAAUUACACGUCAGUAGCCGAAGAGCUGAUUGUUCACACCUACUUCUUCUCUACUACCAGAAGCAUCCUGCCAAAGGACGUCAUCCUCCCCUCUCUGCCAGCUGUGGUGGUUUUUAAAGAUGGAACCUAUUUGACAUUUGACGAGGAACGUGACGGUGAUCUCAAGUCAUGGAUCAACAGAGAACGUUUCCCAAACUUCUUUAAGAUCGACAGCUACACUAUGUACUCCAUGGGAGAGUCAGAUAAACUGGUGUUGUUGGCGCUGGUGGGGGAGAAGAGUAUGUGUGAGGAAAGUCUGUGGUAUAAAGGUCUUGUGGAGAAAGUGGCUGCAGACUACAAAGAGAUCUACGGCAGGAACUUCUACUUCGGUUACAUGGAGGGGACUGACUACAUUAAUGGAUUUGUGAUGGGAGAGGUGACUGUGCCGUCCUUCAUUGUGGUUAAUCUGUCCAAUGAUGGCUACUUCCUGCCACCUAGCGCUGUGCAGGCAGAACAUCACCUGCUGGACUUCCUGAAAGGGGUUUUGGAUGGCAGUAUCCAGAGACAGGGAGGAAACGACAUCGCCCAGCGCAUCAGACGUUUAAUUUACGACGCCAAAGUCACGCUGACGCCACUGUUCAGCGAGGCUCCGCUGUUUGCCUGCCUCCUGGUCAGCAUCCCGAUCAUCUUCAUCUCCACCUUCGUCUACCUCUGCUGUUUCGCCCGACCCACACUGAUUGAUGAUGAUGGUGAGGCCAUUCCACUGUUGGCACCGUCAAUGCAGAGCCGCAAGAAACGCACCGACAAAAAGUCAGACUGAUGAGGAUCAGGAGGAAGACCAGAUCCAGAAAACCUCAUUGUCCAUCACAACAGCAUCAUCUCUGACCUUUUUCUGUGAAAUAAAAUAAAAACAGUACACACAGUU